AUGUAUAAAACAAGAGUCAACAUAGGUUCAAUAGAAUUAGAUAAUUUAAGAAAUAUUAAAGAUUUCCGGUAUAACUUGCAAAUAACAAGGUGGUUACUUCAACUCUUGGGAAUCUGGCCAAUAAAGUCGUUAUUUUAUGAAAAUAUUCAAUGUCUGUUGUUUAUUAUAAUUUGUAUAUUUCUAUUUAUGUUUCUUUUGAUUCCAUCAUGUCUGCAGGCAUAUUUUGAAAAGGAUGCCAUGGUAAAGUUGCAAAAUUUUAAACCAUAUCACGAACGUGUCAUGAUGAUCGGCCCUAUAAUAUUUUUCACAAUGAAUACUCUCAAUUAUGGCAUAAUACUUGUAAAAAAACAUGAUAUUCACGCUUGUAUUAUACAAAUAGCAAUUGAUUGGCAUAAAAUAAAAAGAAUUGAAAAUAAACGUAUAAUGCUAAAGAAUGCAAAAGUAGCUAGGUUUUUCAUUACAUUAUGCAUAUAUUUUACAUUUGGCGGUGGGAUGAUCUACAUAAGUGUUUUACCCAUAGUAAAAAAUAUUAUCGAUUCUUCUAGUAAAAAUAAUCUGGCUUUUCCAAGCUAUUUUUUUUUUUUCAAUCCACAGGUUAGACCAAUGUAUGAUAUAGUUCUUGGAUUGCAGAUCUUAUCAACUUUUCUAAUGUUUGCAGUUGUUACGAGUAUUUUUAGUAUUAUUAUCAAUUCUAUCAUGCAUGCUAGCAGUCAGUGCACAAUAAUCACUGCUGCGCUUAAAAAAUUCGGCACUAGUGGAGAAGAAAAACCAAUUAAAAUCAUUGUUAAACACCAUUUACGAGUCUUAAAAUUCAUAACAAAGUUAGAAAACACAUUGAAUUAUGCAUGUUUCAUCGAGUUGCUAGGAUGUACUUUCAAUCUUAUAAUGCUUGGUUAUUACUUGAUCAUUCAUUUUCAAAACAAGAAUAUAUGGGGUAUUAUAUCAAUUACUUUGCUUUUAAUAUCGCAUGGAUUCAAUCUGUUAAUCUUUUGUUUUGCAGGUGAACAUUUAACACAAAAAUGUGAAAAUAUAGGAAAAGUUGCAUACAGUAUUAAUUGGUAUGAAUUAUGCAAUUCAGAUAAACAAAAUAUUACUUUUAUUAUGGUUAUAUCAGGACGCUCAAUUGUGCUCACUGCAGGAAAAAUGACAAUUCUAUCCAUAUAUACAUUUUGUAAUGUUAUGAAAGCAUUUGUCACUUACUUGAAUGUACUUCGAACACAUAUUAUGAAUUCUAGUUGA